AUGACUACUUCAUUCAGGUCAAACACCGCUACCCUCGCCAAGUACCUCAACCUUGAUCAAGGUGGAAAAGUUCAAGCCGAAUACAUUUGGAUUGAUGGUGACAGCGGUCUUCGUUCCAAGACCACCACCCUCGACUCGAAACCCAAUGACAUUUCAGAAUUGAAGGAAUGGAACUUUGACGGUUCCUCCACUAAUCAGGCUCCUGGUGAAAACUCGGAUAUCUAUCUUCGUCCAAUUGCCACUUUCAGGGAUCCCUUCCGUAAGGGCGACAAUAUCCUCGUUCUUUGUGAAACCUUCAACAGUGACGGAACUCCCAACAGAACCAACUACCGUCAUGCUUGCGCCAAGAUAAUGGAGACCCACGCCGAUGAAAAACCUUGGUUCGGUAUUGAACAAGAGUAUACCCUCUUCGACCAAGAUGGUCAUGUCCUUGGUUGGCCAAAGGGUGGUUUUCCUGGUCCACAAGGUCCUUACUAUUGUUCCGUCGGGGCCAAUGUCUCCUUUGGCCGUGAUGUUGUUGAAGCCCAUUACCGUGCUUGUCUUUAUGCCGGCGUCAAUAUUUCUGGGAUUAAUGCCGAAGUUAUGCCUGUGGCUGAAGAUUUUGGAAUUAUCGUAUCAUUCCAUCCAAAACCAAUUAAGGGUGAUUGGAACGGUGCCGGUUGUCACACAAACUAUUCGACCCUUGCGAUGAGAGAAGAUGAUGGCAUCAAAGCUAUCCACGAUGCCAUCGAUAAGCUAUCGACACGUCACAUGGAGCACAUUGCUGUGUACGGUGAUGAUAACGAUCAACGUCUCACCGGUAGACACGAGACCGGACACAUUUCACAAUUUUCAUCCGGUGUGGCUAAUCGUGGUGCUUCUAUUCGUAUUCCACGACAUGUGGCCGCGCAAGGGAAAGGCUAUCUAGAAGACCGUCGUCCAGCCUCCAACAUAGAUCCUUAUCCUAUUAGUUUGAGAAGCUUAGUUUCUCGUAAACUAUUUGGAGGAGCGCGAAAGGAGGAAGGAUUUUGA